GUCGGCUCUGUCGCUUCGGGUGCUCACGGGAAGUCUGCUUCAGGCAUUACUCUUCGCUCGCUGUAGGACGUAGUGUCCGCUCUCCAUUUUGCAGAGUCGCCAUGGCUGAACAGAUGGCAAUGAGUGUGGUCCUCCUGCUCGUGGGCGUGAUGGGCGUGAUGGGCGGGGCCGAAGUGUCUCCCACGCGCGUGAGUGGGACGCAGGAGAGGACCAAGCCGCCCACGGAGGGAGCGCGCCCGCAGUACGUGCAGACGCUCUACAAGAACACAGACCAACAGGUGGUGAUGAACACGGUGGAGCCCCUGUGGCCGUCCUACGAGGUCAGCUACUACAGCACCAAGACCACGGCCAUCGGCAACCAGACCAUCUCGACGUCCCAAGUGGAGUUCGCGACCGUCCUCAACUCCACGGCCGAGUACUACACCGACCUCUCGGCGACCAACACCUGGGACGUCGCGCCGACCACCUACCAGACCAUGGACUUCCAGCACCAGAAAGUCACGUUCACAGACACCGCCAACAUCACCCACACCAGCAUCGAGAAUAACGACUUGCCUUUUGUCUAAGUCUGUGACAUGUAGACGAAUAGAAAAAAAAUAUGGCCCUGAUUUUUUUCUUUUUUUUUUAGAGGGUACUUUUGGGAGGUAAUUUUAGUGAUAAAAAAAGAAAGUGAUUCAUGGAACUGGCAUUAAGGGUGAAAAAGAAAAAUGUCAAGAUGUAGAAAGAAUAAGAUAUGGUCUGUGAAUCCUUUUUUUUCUAACGACGUAAUUUUUCGUUUGCUGUAUUUUCCAAAGGAAAAUCGGUUCGUGCUAUUGACCGAUAUAUGGAAUUAUCAUAAUUGCGUUUUUUAUAUAUACUUUUCUCUUUUCACCUCGUAUUCUGUGCUUUUAAACGCAACCAGCGCCGCGUUGCAUCGAAAGGGUUGCUGGUACAUGGGAAUAUAUAUUUUUUUAUUGCUACAGCUUCUGCUUCCCUUUGAUACGUGUGGCAAGUUAACGGUGCUUAGAUGCGACCAGUAAUCAUCCUAUUGUUUGUCAAGUUCAGUCGUUUUCAACUUCAUGAUGCAGGUACAGCUUCGGCCAAAAUAUCAGGAUGUGUUUUUAUGAAUAUUCAAUACUCAUGUUCAAUGUCUUUAUCAAAGGUUAUUCUUAAGCUUUCCAACGUACAGAGAGAGAGAGAGAGAGAGAAGGGAGGUGAAUGGUAUAGAAAAAAAUAUAAAAGAGAGAGAGAGAAUCAUUGUCUCUGUAUCUACUGCUGUGAUCCGGUGAAAAUAAAACGAAAAAUCUCC